AUGGCCGCCUCUACCGCCAUCCCACCUGAUAUAAUCGAACGCCAGUCGCUCUGCUUCUCCCGCCCAAUGCCAGGCAUGGUCGUGCAGCAGGGCGAGUCCGGCUUCAAGGAAGAGCUCUCCCGCAUCUACGACUCGGCAGAAAGCAACGCGGCCGAGCAAUUCGUCCAGCUCAAGGACACGCUGCGCAAAGCCGACACGGAGAGUUUUUGGGGCCUGCUCACCAAAGGCCUCGCCAGCAUCGCCGAUGCGCAGUAUGCUUUCGUCUCGAAGAGAAUUCUGGUCGACGACAAGGACGUCGCCGUCGAACUGCCGCCCAUCGGAGAGCCUGGCGCUUGCCUCAUGGGCGAGGCUUUCUACAUCAAUGAUGACCAUAAUAACGGCCCCGGCCACCUGCGCAACUUCAAAUACCACGCCUACUCGUGUCCCUGCGCCUACAUGAAACACGACAAGAUCCUCGUCAUCCCGGAAAGACUAAACGACUUUAUUGUCAACAAUCCCAACGAUCUCAUUAUUCCUGGAGAGGCCUAUCUGGGGAUCCCACUGUUUGCUGAAGGCAAAUGUUUUGCCCAUUUUGGUGUCAUGUGGGGCAAAGAGGGCGCUGCACGCCGUGUAUUGGGCUGGGGCUUUCUCGAAAUGCUGUUCCACGGCCUCGAGGACCUGAUUCUGGAGCGCGUACUGGGAGGGAGCGACUUUGCAAGUUCAGCACAGCCCGUGCGAAGCCAGCAGCCUGUGCUCGUGCCACACGAAGCAGUGUCCGUCGCUCAGUCGCUCAAGCCCUACGCCAGGAGCCUUUCGCACGAGCUCAGGACGCCCAUGCAGGGCGUCGUUGGCAUGCUGGACGUCAUGAUGGCCAAUGUGAAGGAAGCAUCCGAAACGUUGCAGAUCGAUCCGAGGACUCGCCAAAUUCUGGAAACAUUGAAAGAUAACAUUGAGGCCGUUCAAGAUAGCUCAAGGCGCGCAGUCGAGGCAGCCGACAACGUCGUCCAUGCCUACGACAUGAACAUGGGCGUCCCAGAAACGCCACUCUCCCCCCUGGACAAAACCCCUGAGCAGUGGAACGCCUUCUGGCACGAAAUGCGACCUGAUCUCAUGAUCACCGGCAACGGCAUGCCAAGGCCAUUUCGCGGAAUCAAGAGACGGAGAGACGAGGUGUCCUGGGCAGACGUCAGCUCCAAAGCACGUGUAUCACGCCAGGCUCGCGUUCGAAUUCGAGGCGUCUAUUCUGACGAAGCUCGAAUUUCUGGUUCACUGUCCUGUCCGCCGGACCUGGACAUGGAUCGGUUAGAAAAUGCCUGUUCUCAUGGAACCAUGACAGACCGAUGUGACUCGAUCAGCUCGCCCAUGUUCGCGUCCGAGCAUUCCAAGGUACCCGGACUCCGACAUACCAAUGUGCGAGAAGUGCUCCAGUACGUCAUCAACGAUGCUCUCAAAGUAGGGGGGAGGCCAGAUUCUGCCAUCGCAGAAGCCACGGAUACAGGAGAGAGAAUCGAGGUCCGGACACGUGGGUCCAAUGGCGAUGUACACACUAAGUGGAUCGAGUGGACCGUGUCUCCUGACGUGCCAGAGACGAUUCUCAUCGAUGAGAGGGAUCUUGCCAAGAUGGUGUCGUGCCUGGCUCUGAAUGCCAUCAAGUUCACCCAUGACGGGUCCAUCACACUGCAAGCGUCGCUUAGUGCCAAAAGCCGCUACAUUGUCAUCAACAUCACAGACACUGGCUCGGGGAUUCCGCCAGCUUUUUUGCCGAAUCUCUUCAAGCCCUUUGCGCGCGAAGACGACUCGACGACACGCCAAAGCGAAGGCCUCGGCCUGGGUCUGAUGGUGGCAAAGGGCAUUGCCAGGAAGCUCGGUGGCGACCUCUUGUGCGUGCGCUCGCAUGUUUCAGGGCCAGGAAAGGGGUCGGAAUUCGAGAUGCGUGUUCCUCUCAGCCCAGGCGAGCUCUGCAGUCGUCCUUCAACCCCGUUCGGAUCGCCCAGCCCUUCGGUCAAGUCUCGCAUGUCGGUGGAUCCUGAGGUAGCUCGCCCCGACUUCCACCAUGAGCCCGUGACGCCUCCUCUGUCGUCGGACUCGUUCAAAACUGAGGGUGAGCGCCGGGCACCGAUCACGGCACCAGAUACACCCUUGAUCACCAUCCAUAGCGGGACUCCACCAGAAGCCCUUGGUAUGAUGACACCACGAUACACCUCGUCGCCACCUCGUCCGUCCAAGAAACGUGCUGCUUCUUCUGAGCCAGAUGCCAUACCCGCAGACCUCGCCCAACAGUUGCCUCUAAACUUUCUCGUCGUCGAUGACAACGCCAUCAACCGCAAGGUUCUGGUCAACAUGCUAGCGCGACUGGGCUACAAGAACGUCACAACAGCCUUCAACGGCAACGACGCAGUCGAGUGCAUGCGCCGCAACGCCCAAGGCCCCGCCUCGGCAGCCAUCGAUGUGGUGCUCAUGGAUCUCUGGAUGCCGCUGCUGGACGGGUUCCAGGCGUCUGAGACGAUUCUGUCGAUGCCCGAGUUUGCGCACGAGCGCAGGCCUACGAUUCUGGCCGUCAGCGCGGACAUUACGGAUGCGGCUCUUGAAAAGGCGGUCAAGAGCGGGAUGAAGGGCUUCAUCACCAAGCCCUUUGUCACCCGAGACAUUGCCCGGUUGAUCCGGUCGUACUGUGCGAGUCGAUGA